CUGCUGCCCGUUGGUCCCUGAGCGCCUCCUCCUGACUUCUUGGUAGCAGAGGCGCCAUGCUGCGGAUCCCUGUGCUGCUCCUGCUGGGUCUGGGCCUGGCCUGGGGGCACCUGCCUGUGUUACCUGCUUCCAGCUUAGUACCACAGGCCAUUGACCACCACCAGGCUCAGGACAAGGAGGUCCAGUUGAAGUCUGUCUCUACUGGCCGGACCUCCACCUCCCAAAGCCGAGCACCAGCCCUCCUUCAUGCUCACCUGCUGCCUCAGGUCCCAGUCACACAGCGCACCCAGCCCAUGAAAGGCCACCAGCUCCUGCCUCGCUCAUUCAGCCACUUGCCUCGAACCACCCGCAGACCGAUGCGCAGGCCAGAGAGGGGACAACCAGCCAGCAUCAAGGGGACCCCCGUGGCCCAAACCAACUGUCCACCCAAGCUAGUGCUCUUAGAUGCUUUUGACUUGGAUCAUGUCCAAGUCAAGAAGCCUGGUGUGUCCUGCCAGAAGAAACCUCAAUGUGUCAUUAAGCAGGUGACGAUACAUUCCAGCACAAACCAGAACCCUACAAUUAUGCACAAGUCUGAUGAUGUCAUACUGUAUGGCACUGUUUAUGAUGACUGCCCUUACAGCAACAAGGAAGUGUACUCACGAUGGCAAUCACUUAAAGUUCCAUAUGUAGGGUAUGUGCCUGACUGGAACAAACAUCCAAGUACCACAAGGUUCACAAUGACUUCGAACAUAUCAACACUGCAACCACAAAAUUUAUUAUUUGGUGUGUAUAUUUUUAAUUUUUCAGUGUGCAUAAAACUAGGUGAAAAUAUGCCUCCUGUUGAAGGUUCACAAAUCUUCUAUGUGAUCGUUGAGAGGAAGCCAUUGGAGGCAGUUCUCCUGGGGUCCAAGGACAUCACAGUGGAAUUCACAGACAAUGUGGUACUAGAUGGAUCAGGAUCGAACGAUCCAGAAGUGGGCAAUUCUUUACAGGGACUCAAGUUCACUUGGUACUGCACCACAAACCAAAAAAACUAUCAGGGAAAGAAUAUAACAGUGAUCAGCAAAGAUGUAUGUAUCCCAGAGCAGAAAUCUCUGAGGUGGACAAGUGACCCUGGUUCUAAGCUGGAAAUUUCCCCAAAAUUUUUGCAAGGUGGCCAAGUAUACUUUUUCAGAAUGGUGGUUGAGAAAAUUGGCAGGUCAGCAUUUGCUGACAAAGUUGUGCGUGUACGCCGAGGACCAAUACCAUAUGGCAACAUUUACUGUAUUGAAAAUUGUGGUACAGUUUUAACCACAUCAGAUAGAUUUUCCUUGUUUGUGAAUUGCUCAAACUGCAUAGUGGGCCGAGAUAUCUAUGAGUGGUUCAUUAUGUCUCCAAAUGGUCAAGAGAUAACAUUUGAUUGGAGUGGAGAGACCACCACAGGCAAGAAUAGUGACUAUUUUACUGUAAAAGCAUUUGCUUUCAGUCAUUUUCUGGAAGAUACAUACUACACUGCUGUUCGAAUAACAUCUUGGAGUGGGAUGUUUGAUAUUGUAAUAUACUCCUUUAUGAUCAAUGAAGCACCUAGAGUUAGAGAAUGCUACAUUAAUCCAGCUACAGGAACUGCACUUGAUACUAAAUUUGUUGUCAAGUGUGGUGAUAUUCAGGAUAACAAUAUUCCCCUUAAAUAUAAAGCAAUAGUUUCAGAUUCCCAUAGUUUAGCUAAUAUUAGUUCUUUAAAAGAAAACACCAUGGGGGGCAUUUCGUAUUUUGGGACUGAGCUUACAUCUACCUCUUUCUUUCUUCCUGUUGGAGAUAUGACAAAAAUUUAUUAUUUGAAGAUGUAUUUUCAGGUGUAUGACUCUUUUGGAGCUUUUUCUCAGGUGACUUUGUACACCAUAGUGCAGGCUCCUACUGACCAUGUUGCCACAGAGACUGUGCUGCAGCAGUUACACAAUCUCACCACGGGACCAAAUUCCACAUUCUCUGAUUUGCUUCAAAAACAAGACAAGUUAGAUGCAGGUUACUUAAUUUAUCUAGCAGCUUCUGUACUGAAUAAUAUUCAAAUGAACUUAAAUAUACGAAAUGACAUGGUCCAACUUAGAGAACACCUUGUCAACCAGACUUUCCAGCUUCCCUUAGACACUUUGGAGGAGAUCACCCAAGUAGUUGCAGCUUUUGCUAAGUUAACCCAGACAGCCUCUGAUGUCACAGAAUUAUCCCAGGAGCGUUCCACAGAGAGGAUCUCCCAAGCAAAUCAAGCCCUGCAGGAGUACCGGAAGAGAAACAAGCAGUUUCACUCUGAGCAGAUAGACACUGUGUGCACUGGCAUAUUCAGAAGUUUGUCCAAUCUCCUUAAGCUCUCUGCUCAUCACAAAGUUUUUGAGGAACCUAUCUAUGUGUUAGACUCUCUAGCAGACACAGUCCUGGCUAGUGUCGUGCCAGAGAAUGAAACCAAGGUGCUGCAGAGCCCAGGCAUCAACAUGUAUGUCAAGAAAGCAGAAAUGUGGAAUGCUUCUAGGGUACGUGUCCAGGAAGCAUACAAUGGGAAUGAUUUCCAUGCUGUAGUGCAUAUCGGCAGUGUUCCUGGUCUUCCUGUAAAUGCUCCCAUCUCUAUGACACUCACUGAGUUUGCAGAAGACCCUUUUCCUUGGUUAAGUUAUCCGGCACACACUUCCACAGAGGUGGUGGGAUUUCGAGCAUCAGGUGAAUCAGUUAAUGGUGAUGAAGUAGAGAUCACACCGGAAGUUGUAGAAGUUUUCCUAGCUAGGAAAAACCUGAGCUCUGAAGUUUUUAAUAUCACUGUGUGGCCCAGCAAUGACUCAGACAGGGAUAAUAACUCAAAGACAACCACGGGGGCCUUUAGGUUUGAAGUGGACUGCAGUGAGCAGAAGGAGGUGCUGCUACAUAUCAUCACAGAAGUGAAACUGCUAUUUAGGGUCUUCCUGUAUGUUGGUGACAGUUUCACACACAAUGCUCUCAUUGCCACCUAUUUGGUACCCCGUGACAUCCCUCCCAUGGCCAACCAGAGUGACUUGUUUGACCCAAACUGUACUGUGAAGGCAGCCCGAGUGGUUUGCCUGUCACCAUCCCUGCUACAGGUCAUAGCAGAGAGGCUGCAGUCAACAGACUGUGUGAUAGCUGUGGUUCUGCAGGCAACCCGGUUUGUUCUGAGCCCCAAUGGCAAACUGGUGAGGAUUUCUGUGUUCAGAGCUCAGUGCUUGGACAUGUAUGGGAUCCAGAGUGAGUGGAAUGAGCACAGCUGCACCCUUGGGGAGAAGACCAGCUGGCAGAGAGUGCACUGCGUCUGCAAAACCAAAGAUAUUCAACAGCCACAAGCCACCCCAACACCUGCUAACCUCAGGCGGCACUCACGCUACUUGUCAGCCAAGGUCACUAGUGCCUUGAACCCUGUGGAUCUCCUCUUAGAGGUCAAGAACAUAGCAGGAAACCCUGUGACUCUGUAUGCCAUACUCUUUAUUAUGAUCACAUACAUAGGACUAGCUUUCUGGGCUCUGCAUCGAGAUGAAACUGACCAGUUUCUUCGGCAACAUGUGAUAAUCCUCCCUGAUAAUGACCCCUAUGACAAGACAUGCUAUCUGGUUACAGUUUUUACAGGAAGCCGCUGUGGCUCUGGGACCAGAGCCAAUGUCUUUGUCCAACUUCUGGGGACAGAAAGUACCAGCGAUGUGCAUUGCUUGAGCCACACCCAUUUUCCAAGUCUCUACCGAGGAAGCAUCAACACCUUCCUCAUAACAACCAAAAACGACUUGGGGGACAUACACUCCAUUCAUGUGUGGCACAACAAUGAGGGCAGCUCACCCAGUUGGUACUUGAGUAGAAUCAAAGUGGAAAAUCUCUUCAGCAGGAAAAUCUGGCUGUUCAUGUGCCGGCAGUGGCUUUCCAUUGACACCUCUUUGUACAGGACGUUUUAUGCUUCUCAGCCAGACCAGCCUGUGAGCAGACUUGACUUUUUUCUCAUAGACGUGACUUAUAAGAUGUGCAAAAGUCAAAUGUGGUUCUCAGUUUUUGCUGCUGUCAUUGAGAAGCCAUUCAAUCGGCUGCAAAGACUGUCCUGUUGCUUGGCAGUGCUGCUCUCCUCUCUUCUGUGUAAUAUCAUGCUCUUAAAUUUCUAUCCCAGUGAGGAAAAGGAGCCACCACAGGGGCAAUACAUCAGGCUAAUGAUGAUAGGAAUGGGAAGUGUCUUAAUUACUCUGCCUGUACAGCUGAUCAUCACUGCUCUGUUCAUCUACUCCCAGAGGAAACCCCUAGCAGCGCUAGAAGAUGUAGCUCCUCGGAAGCAUCCUAGCAUAAAAGAGAGUAGUGACAACUGGAGGACACUUUUGGUAAAGUGGUAUAAACAGGAGACGUAUGUAUCUGAGCAGGGAACACUUCUGAGAAAGGAAGAUGAAAUCACUAAGACAGAAGACAGCAACACUAACACAAAUGCCAGUACAGGUGACUUUGUUGAGGAGCCCACCUCAGAGGCUGAGUCUAUUGAUAUUGAAAUCAAGUCCCGAUUUGUUCUACCUUCUUGUUUUGUUUAUUUUGCCAGUUUCUUGGUUUUUGUCACUUGCAGCAUAUCUUCAUUCUUGAUUGUGUUUUAUGGGAAAACUUAUAGCUAUGAGAGGUCAAUCGAAUGGGCCUUCGCAUCCUUUUGGGCAGUCUGUAUAUCAGUUUUCCUGGUGCAGCCAUCUAAAAUUAUCCUUUACACAGCCUUUCAAACAAUUUGCACAAAGUAUUCUAAAAAUCUCUCCUGGGUUAGUAGCUACCAGUUUACAGAGAUCAAGCUGGACAACUUGAAUAUGGAAACAUCGACAAUGGCCAAACUUCACCAUCAAAUUGUGCACCUCCAUCAAACAAAGGAGUAUCAACCCCUCAUUGAUGACAUCAGAAUAUUCUAGUGAAAGAGGAGGAUCAGAGAAUAGCUUUUGAAUUUGAGCUGAAUUCUGACGCAUUUCAUCUUCCUUGCCCUUCUGCUCCCCCUUGUCGCUAUCCUGCGUCACAAGGACACCUUUCACUAUAAUCAAUUUAUCUCAGACCAGUUCUCUGUGGACCUUGUAACAGUGACCAAGCUGGACGACAUCUACAGCUGGCUGGAUAACAUGCCUCUGCCUUUGUUCCACAAUGACGUGAAGCCAACAUUCCUCCCUGACAGCUCCUCCAAAAUCCUCGGGCUCCCACGGAUGAGGGAGGUCAGGGCGAAACCUGGUGGGAAAACAUGUCUGCCUCCAAAACACUUUGGCAAAAGCAGAGUCUCCGGGGAAAUCCACUGUCACCCUCAAUAUGGCAGUGACCCAGAAGACACAAGAAACUACUCUGCUUCUUGGGAUACAGUUGCUAAUCAAGCCCCCGAGGAGACUGACAGUGGCUUUACCUACAAGCCUACACAAAGGAGCUGGGCAUACAGGUCCUAUGGACUCUCACAUACCUAUGGAUCAGGAGGGUACACAUUCCAGUUUUUCCCAGAAGAGCAGCAGUUUAAUUCAACUUUGAGGAUCAAGGACCUCCAGAGCAGCCACUGGCUUGAUGAGAAGACAUGGGCUGUGAUCUUGGAACUAACAACCUUUAAUGCAGACAGCAGUCUCUUCUGUAGUCUCUCAGUCAUUUUUGAGGUUUCUCAGGUGGGAGUGGUAAACACGAGCCUGUCUGCACACUCCUUCUCACUUGCUGAUUUCAACAGGGACACUUCCUCAGAAAUCUACUUGUAUGUGGCCAUUCUCCUCUUUCUCCUUGCCUACAUUAUUGGUGAGGUCUAUGUCAUUUCUCAGGAAGGGGCCCUGUAUGUGAGGAGUGUGAUCAGUUUGGUCAACUUUGUUUUCAAAAGUCUAUUUCUGGUGCUGGCUGUGCUCUUUAUCAGGAAGCAUGCCUUGGCCAUGUGGGUGAUCCAGUUUUACUUGUCCAAUCCUGUAGCCUUUCUCCCCUUCCAUGCAGUUUCCCAGGUAGAUCAAUUUAUGAGGAUGAUUCUGGGCUUCCUGCUAUUCCUGGCAUUUUUGAAGACCCUCAAGUAUUCCAGAGUCUUCUAUAAUGUGCGGCUUGCUCAGAGGGCCAUCAGGGCAGCCCUCCCUGGCAUCUGCCACAUGGCAUUUGUGGUGUCAGUGUAUAUCUUUCUGUACAUGGCCUUUGGCUACCUGGUAUUUGGCCAGCAUGAAUGGAACUACAGUCACUUGAUCCAUUCCACUCUGACAGUAUUCUCCUAUUGUGUCUCAGCUUUUCACAACACGGAAUUUUGUAAUAACAGGGCUCUGGGGAUCCUACUUCUCUCUUCCUUUAUUCUGCUUAUGAUCUGCAUCUUGAUCAACUUGUUCCAGGCAGUGAUUUUGUCUUCCUAUGAGGAAAUGAAGCAGCCUGUGUAUGAGGAGCCAUCUGAGGAAGCAGAAGCCAUGGCCUAUCUGUAUCACAAGCUAAGAACCAUGUCUUCCUCUGUGGGCUUCCAUUCAGAGACCAGAGAGGAACCCAUGUUCUUUGUCCACGUGGUGUAUGGGCCUAGAAAAAAUAAUUAUUGGUACAUGGAUCUGAAAACAAAAAACAUCAUUGGGGAAGCAGAGUUUAUCUUGUGACUUGAUCAGUGACCACUGUGUUUGUAGUAGAGAGGAGUUCCCCUUGAUUGCUCAUUUAGUGGAUCAAGUCAUGUUCAGCGGCUCAGUGCUGCUUUCUACACAUGCCCUUCAUGAAGCACAGCCCUUUCAAUUAUCUGCUUCUAAUUUAGGGCUCCUCAACCUUGAAUGUUGAAGGAUGAUGUGCAGUCUAUGCAUUAAAAGGUGAAACACUGCCAGUGCUGGGAAAAACAGCUCUUGGCUAUUAUUAGCAGGAGGUCUUAGUUAGGUAUCCUAAUGACAACAUGGUCUAUGCUGGGGAGAAACAUGGAUUAGCAGCUGUGAACUUUUCACCGAAAAGAAGCAGGUUCAUGUAUACAGACGUCAUGUUCAGUUUGUUUUAAUAAAAUGUGAGUUCUUUGCAUAGACUUGUA